AUGGCUUCUUCCCAAGGGUUACAACAGACCAUCAGCUUAAAGCUUCUGAUCGACAAGGAAAACAACAGAGUAGUAAUGGCUGAAGCCGACAGUGAUUUUGUAGACAUUGUUUUCAGCUUCUUGACUAUGCCCAUGGGAACCAUAGUAAGACUCAUCAGCAAACAACCACAUCCAGCCAUUAUUGGGUCCUUGACCAGUCUAUACGAUUGUGUGGAGAGUCUUGAGGAGCAGCUUUUGCACACUAAGGCAUGUAAGUCAAUGCUACUUCAUCCAAGGAAUCCUUGUGAGAACGAGUGCAAAAAACUGAAACUGAACAUCGAUGAUACAGAGCCCACCAAGUACUAUAUUUGUUCUGAUUGGAAUUGUAGCCGGCGGGAGAGUGGUGGAUUGUAUACUACUUUCAUGAAUGUCAGAUGCAAUUGCGGGAAAAUGUUGGACAAGCAGAUAUGCAUGGUAAAAGAAGAUGCGGGUGCAAGAGCUGAAGGUGGAGAUGGCAGGGGAGUGUUUGUUUGUGGAACGAUCAAGUUCAUGGUAACCGAUGAAUUGCAGGUAAAGACCAUGUCUCCAGCUACUAUUGUGACAUUGUUGCACAAACUUGGGUUCAAAGACAUGAGUUCCCUUCAAGAAACAACACUGAGUAUUGGCUCAGAGGAGAUUUUGAAUCUGCUCAAGGGAUCAUUAUUUUCCAAGACACCUCUGACAGAUGUGUUCCUUAGAAAGCAAGGAUUUACAUAUGAAGGUAUAAAAUUUGAGACAGAAGAUGCAGUGCAGUCUAAGACUAGUGGAAGUACAUCAUUCAAAUAA